CAUGACUUCAAAGCCUUGCUAUGUCCCUGUGUGGGUAAUUGGUGGAAACGGAAAUACAUAUAAAUGUCCCACUCCCACGUACCAAUUCCCUUAUAAAGAAGACUUCUUCAGUCUUCCCUACCUAAAAGUAGAAGUAAAUUACAUUCCUCGCAAAGCCAAAGGAUCCUAUAAUCAUCAUGGAUGCCCAAUCUACACCAGAAUCAAUAAUAAUGGCUGCCCUCUCGACACUCACCUCCUCGCAACUUUCCUCACUUUCUUACUCACUUUCUACCGCCUUCCAUCGCCACAACAACCACUUAACAUCCCUCCUAACUUCCCCCACCCUCUUCACUCACACUCUCAACCAUCUCUACUCCCUCUCUCUCCCUCAAAAGUCCCUCCUCAUCGCACGCCACCUCCUCUCCUUCCUCCGGUUCCUCACACCCUUCUUCAUUUCCUCACCCCCAACGUUAAACUCCAACAGGGUUCGACUCUGCGACCUCGAUUCCGUCCUGUUACUCUUAUUCUUCUGCGAAGUUCGUCAGCACCACCCCACACUCCUAGAGACAUCCCCUGCAGAGUGGCAGGGGAUUUUAAAAAAUUACUGCUUUAAUACCAUGUUAAAUUUAUCAGCCUGUGUAGUAACACCGUUCCAAGUCCUGGGGGUUUUUGUCGACCUCGUAUUGAAGUGUAGGAGAUUUGUGACAUCAAAAGGGUGUGGCAUUGAUCCAGGCCGGAAGGAGGUGGCAGCUUCUGCAGAAGCUGUGGUGGCGCUGCCGUCUGUACAGGUGAGUAAGGGUUGUGGUGGAGUGGAGUGUGUGAUUUGCAAAGAUGAAAUGAGAGAAGGAAGAGAUGUGUGUCAGCUGCCUUGUCAACACUUGUUCCACUGGAUGUGUGUGUUGCCUUGGCUUAGUAAAAGAAACACAUGUCCUUGCUGCAGGUUUCUGCUGCCUACAGAUGAUGUGUACGGAGAGAUCGAGCGGUUGUGGAGUGCCAUUGUCAAAGUCGGUCUUCAGGUCUCCCAAGAGUGUUGUUAGGGAAAAUCUUAUCUUAUAUAUGCGGCAGAUGUAUAAUUUUCGUGGAUAUUGUAAGUUCAAGAUUAAUUAGAGUAACUCUUGGUGGGAAAAAUUCCAAAACGUACAGCGUACAACUUCAUGUAUAAAUAGGAUAGAAUUUCCAUGGUUAAAUGAUGAGUAAUUAUAUGAUGACAAAGAUUUCUGAAAUAGAAUGAAGUAUUAAUAGGCGGUGCUCGUUUGUGUCGCUAUAUGGGUGAUCGUAUAAUAUAAGGUGUGAAUUUGCGUUAUUUCUUUUAAA